CCUAUCAUUUAUGACCCAUUUUUAAUGUCUAUUUGACAGAGACUGUCAUCACCUGGGCAUCCGAAACAGCUUUGAUCAUCAGCGUCUGCUGAAGUUUGCUCGAGUCUGUGAAGUGAACGGGAGAAAUCACAUCUGCUUCAGAGAUAAGGAGGCUGAUAAUGUUUAUGACAUGUUUCGCACCCGAUACACUCUUCAUCGUCAGGCCUAUCAGCACAAGAUCUGCAACAUCAUUGAAGACAUGCUUGCAGAAGCGCUCGUACGAGCUGAUCGUGAUCUUCAUGAAGGAAAACCUGAAGACAUGCUGAUGAUUUCUGAAGCUAUAAAGACAGUAGAGGACUACAGCAAACUCACAGAUGAGAUCUUUGAGCAGAUCUUGUCCUCCACUGCUGAUAAUCUGAAGGAAUCCAGAGACAUCUUGAACAAGAUCAUCAGAAGAAAACUGCCAAAGUUUGUUGGAGAAGCUCGUCUGACUGAGAACAAAUCAAAGGUGACUGAAAAACACUGGUUUAGUGUUUGA